AUGGUGCACACAAAGCAGACAGCGUGUAAGUUGACAGGUGGGAAGGCACCCUGCAAGCAGCUGGCCACCAAGGCGGCCUGCAAGAGCGCACCAGCCACGAGUGGCAUGAAGAAGCCGCACCGCUCCCAACCCGUCACACUGCUGCUGUGCGAGAUCCGGCUCUACCAGAAGUUGAUGGAGCUGCUGAUCUGCAAAGUGCCCUUCCAGCGCCUGGUGAGCAAGAUCGUGCAAGACUUCAAGACUGACCUGCGGUUCCAGAGCUCGGCUGUGAUGGUGCUGCAGGAGGCAAGCGAGGCCUACCUGGUGGGGCUCUUCGAGGACACCAACCUCUGUGCCAUCCAUGCCAAGCGCAUCACCAUCAUGCCCAAGAACAUCCAGCUGGCCUGCCGCAUCCAUGGUUAA